AUGCCAGAGAGGGAGCAGAAAAGAUUGAUAGUCACACUUGCAGGACUGGUGAGCUUGACUUAUCGGGAGAAAACAGGCCCUUCGACACAACUCAGCCAUGCCACCCAAGAAUGCUCAUACGGACAAGCAAUGCAGUCUUUGUCUGAACGAAAUGCGGUAAUCGACCCAGAAGCGAGGUCGCAUAACCUGUCUGCAACGUUGCUUGAGGGAACAUUCCAAGAAGAACCUCAUUUGGAAGGACAAUCUCCGAACGGCAAAGCCAAGAUGAAACCGGCCGGCGGCCAGGGCCACUUUGUCUGUUUCUGCUGCUGGAAGGUCUUCCCGUUGCAACGCAUGCUCACCCGUCACCUGAAAUCCCACAGCGUGGUGAAGAGGCACGUCUGCCGGUUCUGCAGGAAAGGAUUCAACGACACGUUCGAUCUGAAGAGGCACCUGAGGACGCACACGGGUAUUCGGCCGUACAGGUGCGACCGGUGUGAGAAGGCUUUCACGCAGCGAUGCUCGCUGGAGUCACACCUGAAGAAGAUUCACAACGUGCACCAGAACUACGCCUACCGGGAACGCCGCUCCAAGAUAUUCGUGUGCGAGGAGUGCGGUUUCACGGCGGCUCAGGGUGACGCCUACUUCCUCCACAUCAGGGACAAUCACCCCACGAACCCCGCGUUGUGCAAGUUCCUACGGAAACGCACGCCAGUCCAGAACAGAAUUGGAAUGCUGCUCUUCCCACGCUACUUGUGAAAAUUCACAGUCAGAGUGAAAUUUAUUAUCAAACUAAAACUUAUUAUCAAACUACGUUGAGAUUCACUUUCUUGCAGACAUCAGUAGGAAAAAUAAAGAAAUAUAAUGUUAUUUAUGAAAAACUAUACAUAAAAACUGACAAAUGGCCAAUAUCAUAGUAGUAGAACAGUACAGCACAAAAACAGGCCCUUCAGCCCAUCAAAACCCAACAACCUGUACCCAGACCAUAUUCCCUCCCCCCAUACCCCUCCCAUCCAGGUACCUAUCAAAAUUUCUCUUACAAUUUUAAACCAAACCCACAUCCACCACUCUACCGGCAGCUCGUUCCACACUGACAUCACCCUCUGAGUGAAGGCACUAGAGGCUUUUAAUAGCCGUUUUGACAGGCACACGAAUAGGAGCAAGAUGGAGGGAUGUUGACAUUGUGUAGGUAGGAGAGAUUAUUUUUUCGGGGCUUUUUCGAUGUACUUUUUAGCUGUUUCAGCACAACAUUUUGGGCCAAAAGGCCUGUUCCUGUGCUGUACUGUUCUGUGUUCUAUGUUCUAAGUUCCCCCCUCAGGUUCCCCUUAAAUAUUUCACCUUUCACCUUUAACCCAUCACCUCUAGUUGUGCUCUCACGUAACCUCAGUGGAAAAAGCCUGCUUGCAUUUACCCUAUCUGUACCCCUCAUAAUGUUGUAUAUAUUUAUGAAAUCUCUUCUCAUUAUCCUAUGCUCCAGGGGAUAAAGUCAAUCUUUCCCUAUAACCCGGGCCCUCAACUCCCAGCAACAUCCUCGUACUUUUUCUCUGUGCUCUUUCAAUCUUACUGAUAUUUUUACUGUAGGUAGGGUACCAGAACUGUGUGGAAUGCUCCAAAUUCGGCUGCACACAUUUCCUACACAACUUCAGUAAUUAAAUCCAUUAGACCAUAAGACAUAGGAGCAGAAUUAGGCCAUUCAGCCCAUCAAAUCUUCCCUGCCAUUCCAUCAUGGCUGAUUUAUUAUCCCUCUCAACAUCAUUUUUCUGCCUUCUAUCUGUAAUCUUCAAUGCCCUGACUAAUCGAGAACCUAUCAACCUCUGCUUUAAAUAUAUCCAAUAGCCUGACUUCCACGGCCAUCUGUGGCAAUGAAUUCCACAAAUUCACUACCCUCUGGCUAAAGAAAUUCUUCUUCACCUCUGUUCUAAAUGGACGUUCCUCUAUUCUGAGGCUGUGCCCUCUGGUCCUAGACUCCCCCACUGUAGGAAACAACCUCUUCACGUCCACUCUAUCUCAGCCUUUCAAUAUUCAAUAUAUUUCAUAUUUCAUAUAUUCCCCCCCCAUUCUUCUGAACUCCAGUGAGUCCAGGCCCAGUGGAGCAAGAUGGAGUCCUUCAAAGCCCACAUUAACCCUUUCAUUCCCAGAAUCAUUCUUGUGAACCUCCUCCGGACCCUCACCAAAGCCCUAUUUUAAGUAAAUUUUAUUAUCAAAGAACCAUAUACAACCCUGAGAUUCACUUUUUGUGGGAAUACUGAAUAAUGACCAUAACAGAAUCAAUGAAAGGUUGCCUAACUAGGGCGUUCAACCACAGUGCAGAAGACAACAAACUGUGCAAAUACAAAUAAUAAUAAAUAAAUAAAUAAACAACAAAUAUCAGGAACAUGUGAUGAGGAGUCCUUAAAAGUGAGCCCAUUGAUUGUGGGGACAUUUCAAUGAUGGGGCAAGUGAAGUUGAGUGAAGUCAAGGGUAUUGGUGUUUUCAUACCAGGCUGUGAUGCAGCCAGUCAAUAUACUUUCCAUCACACGUCUAUAGAGGUUUGUCAAAGUUUUAGACAUCGUGCCGAAUCUCUCAAACUCCUAAGGAAGUAGAAGCGCUGUUGUACUUUCUUCGUAAUUGCAUUUCGUGCUGAGGCCAGGACAGGUCCUUCAUAAAAAUAUCCAGAGCAACACACACAAGGUGGUGGAGGAACUCAGCUGGUCGGGCAUAAACACUCAACAGACGGAUGUACGCUCAACGUUUUGGGCAGAGAUCCUUCAUCAGGACUGGAGAGGAAGUGGGAAGAAGACAGAAGAAGGGAGGGAGAGGGGGAAGAAGCCUAGGCGGGCAGCUGAUAGUUGCACAGACACAAAAUGGUGGAGGAACUCAGCAGGUCAGGCAGCAUCAAUGGAGGGUUAUUCUCCAGUAUUGUGUGUGUGCUUUUGCAGAAUCUCUUUGUGUUUAAAUGAUAAAGGCAAUAGUGAGCAGGUGGGGUAAGUGGGGGGGAGGUAAUGAAGUGAGAAGCUGGGAUGUGAUAGGAGGAAGAGGUAAAGGGCUGAAGAAGAUUGGAGAGGAGAGUGGACCAUGGGAGAAAGGGAGGGUAGGACAUCGGGGGAGGUGAUGGGCAGGUGAGGAUUAAAUGGAAAAGGAAAGAAGUGUUGGGGAGGGCAGGGAAGGAAAUUAUCGGAGGUUAUAGAAAUCGAUGUUCAUGCCGUGAGGUGCUGCUCCUCCGAGCGAACGAUUCCUCCAACAGAUAAUUUUACAAUGUGAGAAGUGAAUUGAGUAACCUUGGUCUGAAUUCGGGUCAGCCAGCUGUGAGGAACAUGGCAAAAGAUAUUAGUGCAGCAAGUUUGUGUUGCCCUCUAUAGCCUCGAUUCAACGGUGUUUGAUGACAAGUGAUGCAGGUGCUGAGUGCAGACUUGAUGGGAACAUGAGAAACGGGAGCAGGAGUCGGCCAUCCGGCCCAUCGAGCCUGCCCCGCCAUUCAAUAAGAUCAUGGCUGAUCUGGCCUACCAUAGAGGAACAGUUUUUAAAAUCAAAAUCAAUUUUGAAUUUUAUUCAUAAUAAAAUGAAAGUCAAAGUCAGCAUGGUUUCUGUCAAGGGAAAUCUUGCCUGACAAAUUUGUUAGAGUCCUUCGAGGAAGUAACAAAGCAGGGUGGGCAAAGGAGAGGGAGUGGAUGUCAUUUACUGGGAAUUUCAGAAGGUAUUUGAUAAGGUGCCACAUAAGAGCCUUCUUAACAAGAUAAAAUCCUGUGGUGUUACAGGAAAGAUACUGGCAUGGAUAGAGGAAUGGCUGACAGGCAGGAGGCAGCGAGUGGGAAUAAAAGGGGCCUUUUCUGGUUGGCUGCCAGUGACUAGUUGUGUUCCUCAGGGGUCAGUAUUGGGACCACUACUUUUCACAUUGUUUGUCAACGAUUUAGAUAAUGGAAUUGAUGGUUUUGUGGCAAAGGUUGCAGAUGAUACAAAGAUAGGUGGAGGGGUAGGUAGUGCUGAGGAAGCAAUGUGAUUUCAGCAGGACUUAGGCAAAUUGGAAGAAUGGGCAAAAAAGUGGAAGACGGAAUACAGUGUUGGGAAGUGCAUAAUACAUUUUGGUAAAAGGAACAGUAGUGAGGACUAUUAUCUAAAUGGGGAGAAGGUUCAAACAUCAGAGGUGCAGAGGGACUUGGAACCCUUGUGCAAGACUCCCAGAAGACCUUUUCUCCUUGGAGCGACGGAGGAUGAGAGGUGACCUGAUAGAGGUGUAUAAGGUGAUGAGAGGCAUUGAUCAUGUGGAUAGUCAGAGGAUUUUUCUCCGGGGCUGAAAUGGCCUGGAGGGCACAGUUUUAAGGUGCUUGGAAGUAGAUACAGAGGAGAUGUCAGGGGUAAGUUUUUUAUGCAGAGAGUGGUGAGUGUGUGGAAUGGACUGCCGGCGGCAGUGGUGGAGGUGGAUACUAUAGGGUCUUUUAAGAGACUCCUGGAUAGGUACAUGGGCUAUGGGUAACCCUAGGUAAUUUCUGUAGUAAGGACAUGAUCGGCACAGCUUUGUGGGCCGAAGGGCCUGUAUUGUGCUGUAGGUUUUCUAUGAUUCUAUGUUAAUUCACAGGUUGAGUCUGUGGUAGAGAAGGCAAAUGCAAUCAUGGUAUUUAUUUCAAGGGGAAUAGAAAAUAAAAACAAGGAGAUAAUGCUGAGCCUUUAUAAGACACUAGUCAGGCAGCACUUGGAGUAUUGUCAACAGUUUUGGGCCCCAUGUCUCAGACAGAAUGUGUUGUCAUUGGAGAGAGUCCAGAGGAGGUUUACAAGGAUGACUCCAGGAAUGAAAGUGUUAACAUAUGAGGAGCGUUUGGCAGCUUUGGGCCUGUACUCACUGGAAUUUAGAAAAAUACAGGGGUGGGGUGGGUUGGAAUCGCAUUGAAACCUACCAAAUGUUGAAAGGACUAGAUAGGAU